AUGUUGCUCAAUACUGCAAUUCAUUACUGGAUAUUUUUAUUGUCCAUUGUUAGUUCAUCUUGGAUCAAAUAUCCAAUUGAAAUUUCAAGUAUUCCAGGAUGGCACAAAGAACCUACAGAUAUUAAGGAAGCUCAAAAUGUAUGUGAUAAAGAUUCUGAAAUAAAUAACGACUUAUAUUGUUACCCUCAAUGCUUCAAUAAGGAAGAUGAUCAGCCAAAAUUAGACCGCUGUUGCUUUAAUGAAAAUGGUAGAGUUUUGUAUGUCUCGCCAUGUACUGUUGAACCUGAAAAUGAAGCCACGACUACUGAAGUAGCUGCUGAUCAAACUGAGACAUUGCCAGCAGCCGAUUCUACUAGUGCUGCUACAAGUACUGUGACUGCUGACCUUGAAAAGUACCCUCAAUGUUUCAAUAAAGAAGACGACCAACCAAAAAGAGAGAAUUGCUGCUUUGAUGACAAUGAUAGAGUAUUAUACCCAAAGCCAUGCUAUGCCACGUCUGAAGAUUUGGUUACGACAACAGAUAAUGCUACUAUCGAAACAACAUCUCUGGUUACGACAGACUUAACUAGCACCACAACCACUAGUACAGUCGAUGAUGUUAAGAAGUACCCACAAUGUUUUAAUAAGAAGAACGACAAACCGAAGAGAAAGCAUUGUUGUUUUGAUAAUGAUGGUAAAGUAUUGUACCCAAAACCUUGUUCUGUGACAUCUAAAGGUCUGACUACCAAAACUGGUGAUGAUACCAUUAUACCAACGUCACUGAUUACAACGGACUCGAGUAGUACAACAGCUACUAGUACAAUUGAUGAUGUUAAGAAGUAUCCUCAAUGUUUCAACAAGAAGAACGACAAACCAAAACGAAAACAUUGUUGCUUUGAUAAUAAUGAUAGAGUGUUGUACCCAAAACCUUGUACUAAAACUUCCGAAAGAACAGCUUCAACUACAGCUAAAAACACUACGGAAUCAGAAUCAAGUUCUGCAACUACCUUACCAGAUUCCACUACUGAAUCAGAAUCUGUUUCCUCGACUUUUACAUCAGAUAGCAGUACUGAAUCAGAAUCAAUAUCUUCAAAUACCACAUCAGACGCUAGUGACAGUACUGAAACUCAUGAUAUCAAUAGGUAUCCCCGAUGUUUCUUCAAAUAUAGCAACCAACCAAAUAGAAGCCGUUGUUGUUUCAACAGCCAGUACCAAGUGUUGUACCCAUGGCCAUGUGGUGGUUCAUCUGAAGAUAUAAAUGCAUCUGCUACCGAUGAUUCAGCUGAUGAGAUUUCACAAACAACCACAGAUUCAUCCAGCACUGCCACAGACAUUGAAGAUGGGGACGAUGAAAACAAUGAUAUGAAGGAGUACCCCCAAUGUUUCAACAAACAGGAUGACCAACCAAAGAGAGAGCACUGUUGUUUCGAUGACAAUGACAGAGUGUUAUACCCAAAACCAUGUGGUUCCUCUGAUGAUGCGAACACAUCUUCGACCGAUGAUUCAACUGAUGAAAUCUCACAGACAACCACAGAUUCAUCCAGCACUGCCACAGGCAUUGAUGAUGGUGACGAUGAAAACAAUGAUAUGAAGGAGUACCCCCAAUGUUUUAAUAAAAAAGACGACCAACCAAAGAGAGAACACUGUUGUUUCGAUGACAAUGACAGAGUGUUAUACCCAAAACCCUGUUCUGAGACUUCGGAGACUUCAGAGAGUGAAACUACAACCAUAGGAGAAACCACUACGGAAUCUGAAUCGGUUUCAGUCACUACCUCAUCAGAUGACAAUAUAGAAUCAGAAUCAAUCUCUUCAACUACCACAUCAGACGCUAGUGACAGUACUGAAACUCAUGAUAUCAAUAGGUAUCCCCAUUGUUUCUUCAAAUAUAGCAAUCAGCCCAACAAAGAUCGUUGCUGCUUUAACAGUCGGUACCAAGUGUUGUACCCAUGGCCAUGUGAUGGUUCAUCCCAGAGUACAACUACAACAGUACUGAUAAGCAUUAGUGGAACCGAGUCAUCAUCUGUCACAACUACUUUCGAUGAAAAUCUUGGUACUUCGAGUGAGUUAACGAUAUCUUCCAGUAGUGACCUUAUUUCCACAAGCCAAGAUAUACCUCAAGCUACUACAAUUAACAAUUCCACUACCAGUAUUGAAUCAUCAGCAAAUGGAAGCACACUUCCGUUGACCCAACCAAUUUUAUCAGUAUCUGAAUUUGAGUCCUCAGUAAGUGAUGCUACUAAUUCAAAUAGCAAUAGCAAUCCUACAUUUACCGCGGAAGGUGGUCAUUCAUCUGAUGAAAUGCUCAGAACAACUGACAAAAAUAACUCCUUAACUAGUAAAUCGGUUGCUACUCCAACUGAGACUAGUUGGCUCAAUAGUGUUGCUGGUACCUCGAGCAAGGAAGAUAUGAGAACAUCCACAGGAACCAUCAGCUCAUUUAGUGAAGUAGCUACUACUGAAAUGAUAUCUUCCCCAAGUGAAACUGGUAACCCAAAGAAAUCCAGUGCAAUUGAUUAUGGAACGAAUAGUGAUAUUACAACACUGACAGGUAGAUAUACCAGCUUAAGGGAUAAAACUGUUUCAACUCUUCAAGAAGAUGCAGGCAUUGAAUCAACCACAGUUGAAGGUAUUACAAAAACUGUACACACAACUGUUUAUGUUACCACUUCCCCUGAUAACUCGAUUACGACUGAAACUGCUGUGGUUGUAGUUGUAACCAACGACUCUACUGCUACAACCUAUACUGAAAUCAUUCAAACUACUGUCGUUGAAGGCAAAACGUUGACAACUGCUAUUCCAAUUCCUCAAGAUGAAAUCAACAAAAUAAAAGUGAUAGAAUAUAGUACUAUACUUCCAACCACUUUACCAAACGGCCAAGUGACUAGUGUCAUUGAAAAAGUUGCAGUUGCCGUCAAUGGUCAAGGACAAAAAGUUACAAAGACGGCUCCAAUUGAAUUGGGUGCUUAUACUACGAAAGGUUUUGAAAUCAUUCAGGACAGCAAUGAUAUUGGAAAUUCAGUAGCAGAAGGGUAUAAUCCAUCUGCUGGGCUUGGUGGCUCAACUCUAGUUGCUCCGAUAGCUGUCGUUUCAAAUGAAAAUUCGGCGUCAUUGCCUAAAGUUAAUCUGUUAUUAGUCAAAUUCUUGCUUUUGGUAUUAUUGAUUGUUUAA